CACCACCCGCGCGUACGUACGUACGUGCCCGGCCGAUACUAGUCUACAGCACGCUAGCUGCACUGGAGUGCUUAAAUGGCUCAUCAUUUGCUCGCUCUUCCGAUCGGCUCUCCCUUUCACUCAUAGGCUCGCUUUAUCUCCAUCCCUGCUGGUAGUCUGGUACACGCCCGGCCGGCCAAGCUAGCGCGCUGUAGCUAGCUCCACUACCGCGCCGCGGCGGCAUGUCUGCGGUGGCUCCCCGUGUGGCCGGCGCCGCGCGGAGGCUGUCUCAGUCUCGUAAGCCGGCGGGCGGCAGGGAGAAAGAGCUGUCCCCGGCCCCGCACGAGGAGGCAGCGGUGGCCGACAAGGCCAAGAAGAGGACGCCCGCGGCCGUCACGGGGGUCCCGUCCAUUCUGCUGCGCCGGCAAGAGCUGCUGCUGCGGCGUGGCGGCGUCGGCGGGCGAUCGGGGAACGUGCACCCGCCGUCGUCUUUGCUCAGCGUGUCGUGCGCGUCGGAGGCGUCCACCGGCUCGUUCUGCAGCCGGGCGUCCACCGGCAGGAUCGGCCGCCUCCCGGCGGGGCCGCCUGGGGGAGGAGCUGUACAGCGGAGGGCGGCGGGGCCUCCCUCCGCGCGGCCAGCGAUCAGGAAGCCGGCCAGCGUCGUGCCAGAUGGUGCCGCCGCCGCCGCGGUGGUGCUGGGUUCGGUGAACGGAGAGGCGGCGACGGCGGGGCCGCCAAGGUGCACCUGGGUUACCCCUAAUACUGAUCCUUGCUAUGCAGCCUUCCAUGACCAAGAGUGGGGAGUCCCAGUACAUGAUGACAAGAAACUGUUUGAAAUGCUUGUUCUGUCUGGUGCACUUGCUGAGAUGACAUGGCCUGUAAUUCUCAGCAAGAGGGACACCUUCAGGGAAGUGUUCAUGGAUUUCGACCUUCUGUUGGUGGCAAAGCUGAACGAGAGGAAAAUUUUGGGGCCAUGCAGCCCUGCUAGUUCCUUGUUGUCAGAGCACAGGCUGCGCAUAAUCAUCGAAAACGCGCGCGAGUUACUGAAGGUCAUAGAGGACUUUGGAUCAUUCAACAACUACUGCUGGAGCUUUCUUAACGACGAGCCUCUGAUCGGCAGAUUCCGGCACACGCGGGAGGUGCCGCUGAGGACGCCGAAAGCCGAGGCCAUCAGCCAGGACCUGAUGCGGAGGGGGUUCCGGGGCGUCGGGCCGACGGUGGUCUACGCCUUCAUGCAGGCCGUCGGCAUGGCCAACGACCACCUCGUCACCUGCUACCGCUUCCAGGAGUGCUGCACCACCGAUAAGCCAGCGGUGGUGAGCGAUCAGGAGGUGAGCAUGGUCUGUGGGCUGGUGCAGUGCGUCGGCUUGGAGCCCACGAGAGCCGCCACCGUGAUCAGCAUCUCAUAGCAAUCGAUCAGUUGCAGUUAAUUACUUGGUAAUGACAAAUGAAUAGGGAUUAGGAGAGUUGAUUUCACUUGUGUGCUGCAUCUGCAUGCAUGUAUAGAUCUUGGUUGUUUGGGGUGUACAUGGUUGUUGAUUUGAGGUUUGAGAAAUAGGUUUGCUUUGAAUGGAAGUGACCAAAAGUUUCAGAUA